AAGAACUCUCAAAGUCACAGAAACUGUGAAAUAAAUAACUGAAUAACCUCAAAAAAUGAGUAAAUAAGUGAACAACUAAACAAAUAAAUCAUGAAGUCUCGAAAACAGAAUAAAGCGAAAAAGCCCGCGAUCCAGAAAACUCGUAAAGAGAAGCGAAAGGAGAAACGCAAAGAAAAAAAGCUUCACCGAGCGCAGUAUCACGGAGGGAAGAAGCGAGUGCCAGGGCAGUUCGUCCGGAGCGCUGAAUCCGCCCCCGAAGAGGCCUCCAAAGCCCCAAAAACCGCAAAAAAUGUCGACAAACAGAGACUCGAGGAGAAAAAGCGACAGAGAGUGGCCUCCGAAGCCGCGAGAAAGCGGAAAAAUCAGCUGCUGAGAGACAACGAGGAGGAGGACCGUGUGAUCCACCAGAUGGAGAAGAAGCUGAAGCUCAACAAGCGCAAGAGCAAAAGCACCCCGAAGUCCUUCGCAGUCGAUGGGCUCGACUAUUUGCUCGACUUCUGCAACGACGAGGACAGGAAAUUGGCUGUUGAAACCGAGAAGCAGCUGCUGGGAGAGGACGCGGACUCUGAUUUCGAAGAGGAUCUGGCCAUGGUGACAGGAAAGGAUAAAAAAAAAAAUUCAGGGGGAUUCUCUGGUGAUGAUUCACGUUCAGAGAGUGAAAUGGAAGAAGAAGUUGUUGAUUCUGAUGGGGAAAUUGCGGUUUUUGGAGACGAAACUUCAGCCUCUGAUGGUGAUAACGAGGAAAAAAAUUGUGGAGCAAAAUCAGAAGAAUUUUUCGGAGAAAAAAAUGAAGAAGAUGAUGAUGAUAGUCUUGAUGAUGAAGAAAAUUCCUCGUCGAAACCCCACGAGUGGGAGGACAUUUACGGUAGAAAGCGCGACAAAUCUGGGAAUAUUCUCCCCACAACUGAGAAGUACAUUCCCCCAGCAGCUCGUCUGAAGCACCUGGAGCAGUCCCUGGAGGAGAAAGAGAAGAUCCAGCGACUGCACAAGCAGCUGAAGGGUCUGAUAAACCGUCUGGCCGAGCACAACAUGCACACGAUCUCCAGUGAGAUCGACGAGCUCUACAUGUCGAACAGCAGAAACAACAUGAACGAGGUCCUCUUCAAGCUGAUGACAGAGUCAAUCGUCUCCCCAGUGUUGACCCCAGACCGCCUGAUCUCCGAGCACAUGAUGCUGAUAGCAAUCCUCCACGCGAACGUGGGGACCGAGGUUGGGGCCCACUUUCUGCUGUCGUUGAUCAGAAAGUUCGAGGAGAUGAUGGGGAGUCUUCAGCAGGUGGAGGACAAACAGCUGGACAACGUCGUCCUGAUGAUCUCCCACCUCUACAAUUUCAAGGUCUUUGGGUGCAGACUGUUGUACGAAAUCCUGGAGAAACUGGCUGAGAAGUUCGGGGAGAAGGAGAUCGAGCUCAUUCUGAUUGCCCUGAAGACGGUGGGGUUCUUGCUGAGGAGGGACGACCCUCUGGCCCUCAAGGAGCUCAUCCUGAAGCUCCAGCAGAAGGCGGCGGCUGCCAAGUCCUCCAGCUCCAGGAUUCAGUUCAUGCUGGACGUUCUCUUGGCCAUUAAAAAUAAUAAUAUGAGCAAAAUCCCCCAGUACGACCCCUCGCACGUGGAGCACCUCAAGAAGCUCCUCAAGACCUUUCUGAGGAAGGGAAACGUCGUGACUCAGUUCAAUAUAUCCCUCGACGAUCUUCUGAAGGUGGACGAGAGGGGCAAGUGGUGGAUUGUGGGCUCUGCCUGGACGGGGAAGGUCGAGUCGGGGUCGAGGCUUAAGACGAGUCCUGGGGAGACGAUGUACAGCCAGAAAAUCCUGGAGCUCGCCAGGAAGCAGAGGAUGAACACUGACGUCAGGAGGAACAUCUUCUGUAUUUUGAUGACUGCUGAGGACUUUAUGGACGCCUUCGAGAAGAUACAUCACUUGGGGCUCAGGGAUCAACAGGCCAGGGAGAUUAUUCACGUUCUCGUGGACUGCUGCCUGCAGGAGAAGGCGUUCAAUCCUUAUUAUGCGGUGUUAGCGCAGAAGUUUUGCGAUUUCGAUAGGAAAAAUCAGAUGACGCUACAAUAUUCCCUCUGGGAUAAAUUAAAGGUCUUGGGUGACUAUUCCAACAUUCAAUUGAGGAAUCUAGCGAAAUUUCUGAGCCACUUGUUCCUCGAAAAAGGCCUGCCACUGUCUGUCCUCAAAGUCGUGGAGUUUGGGGAGCUCGACAAGCCGACGAUGAGAUUCAUAAGGCAAAUAAUGCUCUGUUUACUUCUCCAUGAUAAUGACGAGGAGUGCCUCCAGGUUUUCCAGCGGAUUUCAGUCUCCCCUCAGCUGCAGACCUUCAGGGAAGGACUGAGGCUCUUCAUCAGUCAUUUUAUGCUCAAAAAUGCCAGUGAGAAACCACUUUCGGGGGAGCAACUGCAGAGGUUGACCAGUCGUGCUGGGUUAGUGGAUAAAAUUCUUUUAUCUCGUGGCAUGAGAACAACUCUCUGAAUUAAUUCAGAGGGGAGGGUAUUGGUCGAAUAGGAUGCGUUGAUGGGAGAUCAUGUUUACGAGAAUUAAUUCAGUGAUAAGUGUCAUUAUAUUGGAGAACGGACAAUUUUUAUUUUUAUUCAUUAGAAGUAUAAA